AUGGAGUUGGAGCAGGAGAUUAAUAAGGUUUUAAAAUCACGUACACCAACUAAGGUGGCUGAUAUACAGCUGGAAAUCGAAACUAACCAGGCACAUAUAAACCAUGUACAAUUGAAGAAACUACGAGAGAUUCAUGAUGAGAUGUUUCAGGAACAGUGCUAUUUACCUGCUAAAAGGCUAUACGAGAAGUAUAAUGAGAAGUUGCUUCCAUACUCUGGAUUGCAAAGCUGGGCAGAACGCAUUGAUCGCGAUAUCCGUGUUAUAGAAGCCACCAUAGAAAUGGUAAAUGAAGGUAGGAGAAACGCCGACUAG